CUGUCGCGCCAAGAAAGCGCAGCGCUCCCCUCUCUAUCUGUGACAUUUUGUCGAACAGUUAGAAACCAAACGGCAAUGGCGGCUUCUCGGCUUUCCACCAUGUCCUUCCUGGACUACAGAUGUCUCCCGCCUCCAAGUGCUUCGGUUCUUCGUUCAAAAUUCAGUUCCACUGCCUCCGAAACUUCCUAUUUCGCCGCAGCAACAAGAGGGCGCUCGCUUUUCUUCGUGUCAGUAGCGCAUGCAUUCAACCCCAAGAGAGGUUCUUCCUCGAAGACCCCGCAACUAGGCGUUUGGGAAGACCCCGACGACGGAAGCGGCAGUGAUUACGAGGAAGAAGAAAAAGAUGAGAGCGAGGACGACUUGGACUUCGAGAGCGACUGGGAACAGGACGGGGACGACGUCGCGGGCCUUUCUUCCGGCGUUGGGGUGUCUUCGUCGGACAAGUACGAGGAGGAAUUGGUGAAAGAGGUUGAACAGCUCUUAGGACCAGAGGAAAGAGCUGUUCUGCGUGACAAUCCCACUCCUAAUUUGGCAAAAAUAUCGACGUCAAAAUGGAACCCCCUUCAUACUUUUGCGCUAGCUGGACAGAUACCUUUCAUGGACAAGCUUCUUGAAAAUGGUCUUGAUAUUGAUACUGUCGAUGAGUAUGGUCUUACUGCCCUGCACAGGGCAAUAAUUGGCAAAAAGGAGGCUGUUAUUAGUCAUCUGCUGAGGAAAGGUGCUGAUCCUCGUGCUAGAGAUCAGGAUGGUGCUACGCCGCUUCAUUAUGCUGUUCAGGUAAGUGCCAUGCAAACCGUGAAGCUACUCAUCAAGUACAAGGCUGAUGUUAAUGUUGCAGAUAAUGAAGGAUGGACUCCGCUGCACAUCUCUAUGCAGAGUAGAAGUAGAGAUAUUGCGAAAAUUUUGUUGGUCAAUGGAGCUGAUAAAACCAGAAGAAAUAAGGAUGGAAAAACACCUCUAGAUUUAAGUCUGUGUUAUGGCAAAGACUUCAAGUCAUAUGAUCUCGCCAAGCUGUUGAAGCUUGUUCCGGCUAAUCAAGAUUUUUGAUGGGCAAUGGGAGUUGAAGGUAAGUCAAAAGUAUUCAUCUGGUGUGGUAAUCUUUUGAAAGUUUUGCAUUUUUCUCCGUGGUGUAUUGGGAAUAGCAUCAUCUCGGAUCAUCUCAGAUUGGAUUGGAUUCUAUGAAGCAUAUUCCAAGGGCAAGGGCCACUAUAGGAUUGGUUUCUGGGCAUCAUGCACUGAUAAAGAUCUAAAAUUGGAAGCAAGUGAAAGAUGAUACUUUGUGUACAAGGAAACGCAUCAGAGGGAAUGGGGGUCAUUAACUUGAACUUAUUCCUACCCAAGUAUGCGAGACGGUGCUGAUUUCCGAACAUUUGCUGCUCCUACAUUGGAUGAUUAAUACAUGGGACUGCUGGUUUUCAAACUUAGGAAGGUGAUGUAUAACCGGUCUUUAUCUGUUCUACAGCUAUUCAAGCUGUACUAAAUAUGAGAUUCUCCAGGGUUAAAAUCUGCGUUCAUCUUGGCAAAAUUUCGGUUCCCAGUUAUAAUUUUAUGCCCGGUCUUCUCUU